AGGUCGGCGGCCAUUUUGUCAACCAAAAUCGCUAUAGUGUUUAUGCCUGAAAGACUAUUCUGCUGCACGCGCUCCAGCAGCUGGUUUGAAUGAUAACAGUGCAUCCUUCCAUGGACGUUUAUCAACAUAUGAAUAUGUUGUGGACUAAUGUUUGUGGAAUAGAUUGCUUGGUCGGUUGCAAUCGAACUACUUCAACAGUCAGAAAGUUAUGGAUCUGUGGACAGGCGGGAGGUUGAGAGACCUAAUUGAAGAGAAUGAUGGGAGUAAAGAGGAGGAACAUCAUGUCAAAAAUGAGGAAACAACUCAUUUACAGACUGAUGGUAUUUUGAAAAGGAGAGACAAGAAUUGUUGCACCUGCACCCAGUGUGGAAAAAGUUUUGGAAGAAACGGCAAUCUUAAGAUUCACAUGAGGAUCCACACUGGAGAGAGACCAUUCACAUGCACUCAGUGUGGGAAGAGUUUCAACCAAUUAUCAAACCUUAAUCAACACAUGAGGAUCCACUCUGGAGAGAAACCAUUCACAUGCACUCAGUGUGGGAAGAGUUUCAGCCAAUCAUCACACCUUAAUCUACACAUGAUGAUUCACACUGGAGAGAAACCUUUCAUGUGCACUCAGUGUGGGAAGAGUUUUAAAUGCUCAUCACACAUUAAUAAACACAUGAGGAUCCACACUGGAGUAAAACCAUUCACUUGCACUCAGUGUGGGAAGAGUUUUAACAGCUCAUCACAACUUAAUCAACACAUAAAGAUCCACACUGGAGAAAAACCAUUUACAUGCACUCAGUGUAUGAAGAGUUUCAGCCAAUUAGCACAUCUUAGUCACCACAUGAGGAUCCACACUGGAGAGAAACCAUUCACAUGCACUCAGUGUGGGAAGAGUUUCAGCCGAUCAUCACACCUUAAUAAACACAUGAUGAUCCACACUGGAGAGAAACCAUUCACAUGCACUCAGUGAGAAGAGUUUCAGCCAAUCAUCACACCUUAAUGAACACAUGAAUGAUCCACACUGGUGUGAAAGAGUAUAUGUGCUUUUGAGUGUGAGAAGACUUUUAUUAGAGCUUCAAAAUUGAGACUGCCCCAGACGAUUCACAGUGUUAUAAGAGGUUUAAUCUGUUAACACAUUUGAAAACACAAAAGAGGAUGCACACUGGAGAGAAACUGUACAGAUCUGAUCUUUGUCUACAGAGUUUCGUUCAUUCGGCGCAGCUUAAGAAACACAUGGACAAAAGUUGCACCUUUGACAUGAAUGCAGCAAAACAUUUUCUCAUGUGCAGAGGAUGUUGCGCUCCUUGCGUUGUAGUGAAUGGUGUCCAUGGAACGAAUGGUGCCAUUAUUAAUGUGAGACAACAAAAAUACAAAUGCAAACCUCUCCUGUAUUCUGACAUUUCAAAACUUCAGAGCUCAACUUUAUCUGAAACAGUCAAGAGUAAGAGAAGAGCACGACGUGACCAGAAGAGGGCGCACAAGACUCAGGAACAGAGAAGAAGGGAGAUGUUACCUCUCUCUGACCCUUAUCUGUUCUUACCUUCUCCUGACCUCCUUUGAUUGCAUACAGCUUGCGCAGCUGACCCUGAAGACCUGAGACUCUGCUUGCGAAGCCGGGAGGUCUCAUAGUCAUCGUAAAUUAGGGAUGCCUCUCAUUGGAAAUACCUUGUGGAAUGCUUAAUGCCCUUAAAUAUCUAAACAAUGUGUAUGAGAGUGUUUGUAUGUUGAUUUAUGUUCUAAGAUGUGCCUAUGGGACAGCUAUAAAUUUGUUCACAUAAGACAUGACCUAUACGUUUUGCUGAAUAGUAGAAUUCUUGACUGAGUGGUCAGACCACAUCAUUAGUUGGUCCUUAGUGAUUUAUAAUUAGUGUUUUGAUAUAUUGGGUAAAACCCAGAUGGUGUACGGGUAGUUAUAUGCAGUAUGUCAAGUCCUCACUGAUAUAUGAGGUGUAGUUAUGUGCAUGACCUGAUUUUGGAAGUUUAAAAGCUGAACCAAACUGACCAGCUUUGCGCUUACUGACUUCUGUAUAUUGAGUUUGGUUGCCCUUUAUCCUCAACGGAGGAUAAAGUAAGGAUUUUGUUUCUGUCAUUUGUCUUUUGUUUAUUCUACUUUUUCACUGGAUUUUAUUUUAUUAAUAAAAGUGUGUUUUAUUACGUUUCUUCAA